AUGUUUGUAUUACAGCAUACAGGUAUAUUAAGAACAUUAUUCGUAUCAUGUGAGAGAGGUAAUUGUUCAAUUGAUGAAGAAAAUCCUAUAAAACAAGAAGAAGAUCCAUUAAUUAUUCAUGAAAAUUUAAAACAAGAUGAUUAUGUAGAAUCUGUAAUUAAUUCUGAUUUAAUUUAUCAUAUAAAUGCUUCAACUGAUAGUCGUUCAUCAUCAACAACAAGUACAGAUAAUCCAUAUAUAGUUAAUCAAUAUGAUUCAAUACCAACAACAAUUGAACAUCAAAUAAAAACUGAACAAAAAUCAUCAUGUUUUCUUGAAACUCCUCCACCAUCAUUACCUGAUAUACAUUUAACACAAGAAUCUGAAUCAUCAUUAGAUAAACCACAUCAACAAUUAAAAUCUAAACGUAAACAAAAUAAUCCACAACGAAAACAAAUUGAAAUAAAUCAACAAGAACAAGGUCAACAAAUAAAUGGUGUACUUAAUCGUUUAUUAUUAAAACAAAAAGAUAAUAAUAAUAAUAAUAAUAAUAAUAAUAAUGAUGAUGAUGACGAUAAUGAUGUUGAUGAUGAAGAUGAUGAUGAUGAUAAUAAUGAUGAUAAUGAUGAUAAUAAUAAUAAUAAUAAUGAUGAUGAUGAUGAUGAUGAUGAUGAUGAUGAUGGUUUAUCUAAAACAACAAAUGAUUUAUGUGAUCCAGGUUAUUUAUCUGAUGAAUAUAGUGAACCAAUAUCAUCAAAUAAUGAUUUAUUAACAUAUAAAGAUUUAGAAAAUUUUAAUAAUUAUUUAAAAGAAUAUAAUAAUCAAAUAAAUGAAAAAUUAAAUAAUAAUUUAAUUAAUCAAGGUGAUAAAAAUAUUUAUGAAGAAUUAAUUAAAUUUAUUUAUAAUAAUAAUAAUAAUUAUGAAAAAAUAAAUAAAUAUCGUUUAGAAUAUUAUAAUAAUAAUAAUAAUAAUCAACGUUUAUAUUUAAUAUCAAAUAUAUUAGAAAGAAUAUUUUCAAUAUUUUAUAAUAAAAAUUUAAUUUAUAAUUUAUAUGAAUUUAUUCCAAAUGAAAUAAAAACACAUAUUAAAUUAUGUUUAAAUAAAGUUUUUAAUCAAAAUUUAAAUAAAAAAAAAAUUUUAACACGUCAUAAACGUUUAACUAAUAUUGGAGAAAAACAUCGAAAUAUAAAAAUAAAACGUUCAUCAUUUAUAAAUAUGACAAAUACAAUAUCGAAUUUACAUGAAAAUUUAUUAAUUAAUGAACAACAAAUGUUAUUAUCACCAUCUAGUCCACUUACACCUUCAAUAUCAAAAAUUAAUGAACAACAAUCUAUUGAAGAUUUAUUAUCUCCUAAUAACAAUAAUAUUAUUAUUAAUUCUGGUCUUAUGGAACAAAUAUCUGUUCUACCAAAAGAACGUGAUAUUUAUGAAGUUAUUCAUUGUUUAUGUAAUUGUCAAAUUGAUAAUGGUUUUAUGAUUCAAUGUGAAACAUGUUUAUGUUGGUCUCAUUGUGAAUGUGUUGGUGUGACAGCAAAUUGUAUUCCAGCAUAUUUUAAAUGUAAUGUUUGCACAAAAGCUGAAGUUGAACGUUCACCACAAUGGUCUUUUUCAUCAAUGAUAGAUGAUGAAACAACAUCAUUAUUUUUAAGUACAUCAAAUAAUUCGGAAAAAGUUUCUCUUUUUUUAUCAUAUUCUCGACGUUUAUGGAAUUUAAGAGAACAAAUUAUUGAAUUAAAAUUACGUUAUACACCAACAUUAAGAUCUUUACAACAUGCAUUAAGAUGUGAUGAUUUAAUUGAACUUUUUAAUUGUGCCAAUAUAAAGUCAGAUGAAUUAAUGGCUAAAAUUGAAGAAAGAGACAAAAAUCGAAAAUAUUUCGAAUCUAUUGCUCAAACAAUUAAUCAUAUUGUUGAUAGUGUAUGUUCAUCUAUAUCAACUUCAUCGUGUUUAUCUAUUGAAUUAACACCAAAAAAUGAUAUAAAAACAAAUUCAUUUAGUGAUCAAAUGAAUAUAUUAAUAUUUCAUUUAUCAGAUGAUGAUGAUACUCGACAAGUUCGUUUAUUGAUUCAAAAUCGUUAUGAACAAUUAAUGUCAAAUGUUGACAAUAAAAUUCAAACAAUUCUACAUGAACAUCAAACUAUUCAAACUCAAAUGGCAUUCGAACUUGGUAUAAUGCCAAAUAAUCAAUCAAAUGAUUGUUUAUCUUAUGAUACACAUGAAUUAGCAUUGAGAACAGCUAUUGAACGACUAAAAUGUUGA